AUGCCGUACGAUCUCAAAGGCAGAAACGUGCUUAUCACAGGUGGAUCAGCUGGUCUCGGCGAACUCCUCAGUACGACGUUUGCCAGUGAAGGCGCGAACGUCGCUAUCAAUUACUUCAACCGUAUCGAGCCGGCACAGAAAGUGCAAAAGGCAUGCGAGGCACAUGGCGUCAAAGCUAUUGUAAUCAAAGCAGAUAUGACAUCGACGGCAGAAGCAAAGCGAGCGGUUAGAGAGACAAUUGAGCAGUUGGGUGGGCUGGACAUUGUGCUCGCUAACGCAGGCUGGACGCGUUUCGCUGAAUGGAAAGACCUCGACUCCAUGAGCGAAGAAGAGUGGGAUAAGUGCUGGAAUGCAAAUGUCAAAGUACCCAAGGCGAUACUCUCUGAAGCGAGGGCUACUUUCGAUGCCAAUCCGGAUGGUGGACUUAUGAUUACUACUGGUAGCAUUGCGGGUGUCAGCCAAGGCGGAUCAAGCAUGCCAUACUCGGUUACCAAAGCAGCACAACUUCAGCUGGUCAAAUGUCUGGCAGUCACUGUUGGACCCAAGAUCCGUGUCAAUACGGUCCUCCCGGGCUUACUACUGACUGAAUGGGGCCUCAAAUAUUCGCAGGAGAAGAUCGAACAGUUGAAGAACCUUGCAGCACUGAAGCAUGAGACAUUCCUGGAUGAUUGUGCAGCUGCGUUCGUGAUGCUGGCAAAGAACACUAGUAUGACUGGGCACCUCACGUCAAUUCCCCGCGUCCCGAACCUCCGCAUCUCCGCAGAGCUUCCAGAGAUCAACACCAUGUCUACUUCUCUCAGUGCCGCUUCCAGAGCGGCCCCGCGUCUAACGCGACGGUGCAUGCGAUGCGGCGAGCGGAGCGACAAUUGUCAGCCCGCGCGACGGCGCUGGAUGAGCAGCGUACGAGACGCGCCAGCCAAGAGACCAAAGACUGCCAUCUUCUUUCCUGGUCAGGGCGUACAGCGAGUGGGAAUGUGCACACCGUGGCUGGAAGCCUUCCCCAACACCGCAAAACCCAUCCUCGAGGAAAUCGACGAAACCCUCAAACUUCCCCUAACCAAGACGAUAGAGUCUGGUACCAAUGCCGAACUCACACAAACCGAGAAUGCGCAGCCGGCCAUCAUGGCAACCUCGAUCCUCAUACUGCGGAUACUGGAGAGGGACUUUGGCUUCAAGACUAGUGAGCGCGUAGACAUCACACUGGGACAUUCACUGGGCGAGUUUGCGGCACUAGUAGCAGGCGGCUACCUCACAUUCCGGGACGCAUUAAACAUGGUACGGAGACGAGCCGAAGUCAUGAGUAGAUGCAGUCAAGAAGCAGUUGCAGAGGAAGGCGGCGAGUUUGGCAUGGUCGCCCUAGUCUGCGAGUCCGAAGAGCACAUGCAAGCACUCAUCAACGGUAUCCAUGAAUUUCUUGCCCUGGGCUCUAAAGCAGACUCCCACGACCAUCUACCAGCCGUUCAACAAGUCUCAAUCGCAAAUCUCAACUCGAAGAACCAAAUCGUCCUCAGCGGCAGCAUCACCCGCAUCAACACCCUGCUCACGAAUUUACGUCAAUUCGGCGGCCACGAUCCACGCCACGUACGCUUAAAAUCCGACGCGCCCUUCCACAGCCUCCUCAUGAAGCCCGCUCAAGAAACCAUGAAACGCAUACUCCACAAAGAAACUCAAGAUGGACGUGACAUCGUUACAUGGCCAGGCAUCAUGCCUUGCAUAUCAAAUGUAUCUGGCAAGCCCUUCCAGGACAAAGAGCAGCUGAAGGAUCUUCUAGCACGUAGCUGUGUCGAGACGGUACAGUGGUGGAAGAGCGUAAAAUAUCUGCACGAGCAAGAGAAGAUCAUGCGUUAUGUGGGUAUUGGUCCAGGGAAAGUGGGCAGAAAUCUUGUGGGUAAAGAAGUGGGUAUGAAGGGCUCCGUCAAAGGAGGCGGUGUCUGGGGUAUUACGAGUCCGAAGGAGAUGGAGGAAGUGGUCAGGGCAUUGGAUGACACCGAGCAUGUUGAGGCGGAUUGA